UAUUUCAAAAUAGGAGCGUCUGCUAGGAGCUGAUGACUUGUAUGGAAAGCUUAAAUGUGACAUCUGUACUAGACAGAGAGAUGUACAUCAUGAAUGAAUAGUUAAGCUACACAGAAUUCUAGCUAUUUACCGAUCCAUAUAAUAUCUGAAUUAAAAAGGAAAUCUAGAACUCACUACACCCCAAUUUUCGGCUACUUCUUACCAUGGAAGGAGGUGAUCUGAUAUGUAACUUCAAGAAAUGCCGCAAGAGACUUACAAAUGUUGCAUACGUGACUGCAUGCUCACAUGUAUUCUGUGACGAAGAUGGUACCAGAGAAUUCAACAAAUCAACAACCUGUCCUGCAUGCCAGACAGACCUUGCCAACAAGUUUGAAAUUGUGAGGAAUAAUCUCCAGCCUUCUGAACAAUACAAGUCAAUGAUUCUAGCUGGACUCAAGCCCGAUGUUAUAUGUGAAAUUGCAUCUAGAGCUCAUGCAUUCUGGGCUUACCAGUCGUACCAAGAGAAGACUUACCAAGAAUAUGUAGCCUCAAAGUCCAAAGAAAGAUGUACACAGAUAGAACAAUAUUAUGAGCAGAUAGUCUCCAGGACAUCAACUGAACUCAAUACAUUAAAGUCGCAGCUGUCAGCAUCGAAAAAAGAUGUGGAAGAAACAAAGAAGAAAUUGAACGAGAUAUCUGAUAAGCUGCAGGAGAGGAAUAGGCAACAUCAGAAACUUCAGUCAAUGUAUGAUGCAAUGAGAAGGAAGUUUAUUACUAUGUCCAGUUUUGAAGCAAAGGAUAACCCAGCAUCAGCCGCCACAGUAUACAGAGUCCAGUCUAGGGAAUCUCUCAGUGCUGCUAGUGACCAUGUGGUGAAUAAUGGACCAGAGAGGCAUUUACAUGGCGACCAUUCUACGUCACCUAACCAUUUUGAUUUCAAUCCACGUCUUGGCCACGCAGAUUCAGAUAUCCCUGCUAACCAUGUACAGAAGAAGUUCAGUGUAGGACUUGGAACACCAAGACAAUGAUAUAUAAAAACUGGGCAAUAACCAGAACACAUUUCAGACAUGAUCAUAAUCAUAACUUAUGUCUUAACCUGAGACUUUCUCUGUCUACUGUUUGAAAAAUGAACAAUUUUGUUGGUAACUGUGAAGCACAUGAAUGAAUUAAGUCAUAGUUAUGAAAUAUGUUGUAAUUCUUCAUAUAUUUCGAAAAUUGAUCAUUUUUGUGGUUCUGUGUAAUUGUGAUUCUUCAGAGGGUAACAGUAUACACUUACUGCAUGGCUAAUGCCAGUCACUUGGCUUGCCAGUUGGUACCAGUGUAACGGUCAGAUUUUUCCCCAGUCAGUUUUUUCCCCGGUAAGUCAAAAGCAUUUGCACUGGGUCUGAAGGAUUUUUUGUACUAAUGACUGGCAAGCCAUUCAAUAAGUGCUACACAUUUUGUUAUAUUACACAACAGAAAUACAUUAUCAAUUUUUUCUCAGCUUUUGUCUAGCCUGGAUAACCUGUUUUGAACUACAGACCUGUGAUAGCAGGAACAAUGGAAUGGCAAUUUAUCUAUGGAGUCAUGUAAUAUUAACAGUUGUUAUCUAUUUUUGCGCAGAAAAUUUCAUUGGUCUGUCCCAGAUUUUGAAAUAAUCCACAUUUUAUACUGUAAAUGAAAGGUUUGUUUAAAUACCAUAUAGAAUCAGAAAUGCAUGUUCUCAGAAAUGGCUUUCUACUCUGCAUAUCAAGCCAAGAAGAAAAAUAAAUGUUUUAAGUUAACUGUUACAGUACUAGUUUACAUUUCUAUGGAGACGAGACAAUAGUGCUGGUAAAAUUGUAAAAAUCACAAUGUCAUGCUAUUUAUUUCCCAUCAAGCAUUACGCUAUUAAAGUAUUUCACUGUGUCUAUCUCACUGUAAGAUUGUAUACCAUUGUUUAACUUUCAUCAAAACUAUGAGGAAAAGGAAACAGAAAAAGGAAAAUAAUUUAUAACUGUUCAUGCUUUUUGCAUGACAAGUUUUCUGGUAAUAAUAUAGUUCAGAUAAAAUUGUGAUGAAGAAAAUAGAUGGACAAAAUUGCUCGGCUAGGAUCCAGGAAUAUAUUCAAGUGGUAAUUACUGUUUUACGAAGCUAUGUUUUUCCUUUAUUCACUACUGAUUACCUACGUUCAAGUUUGAAAAUCAUAAUUAAAAAAAAACAAAACUUUUCUGUAUAUUUGUCAAAUUUUAUCAAUGUGUGAGAGGAAGCUUUUGGUGGAUUUUUAAUAGAUUCUCUCCUCGGCUAAGUACAUUGAAGAGCUUAUAUGUUGGUGUAUUUGCUUUUUACAAAAACAUAUUUUUAAUCUGUUGACAAUGUUAAAUAUUAAGUUUAAUAAAUCUAUAUCUAUCA